AUAACUCUAGUUCUCGGCGGCCCCGGUUCAGGCAAAGGAACUCAAAGCACGCGUCUCGCGACCGAGUUCGGUAUGGCGCAUUUGAGCACUGGGGAGCUGUUACGGCAGCAGGUCGCAAGCGGGACCGAGCUCGGGGGGCAGAUCGAGGGGCUUAUUUCCCGGGGAAGGCUUGUGCCUGAUCCCAUCGUCGUCGGGGUGUUACAGGCGGCCGUGAAAGAUAUCGUACGUGCGGGGAAUGCAGGGAAGGGGAUACUACUGGACGGGUUCCCGCGCACGUUAGCACAGGCAAAACUGUUUGAGGAGUGUGUGGGUGCACCGCGGACGGUGGUGUUCUUCGACGCGCCGCCGGAGAUGUUGCGUGCAAGAUUAGGUGCCCGCGGCAGGGGGGACGAUACCGAAGCGGUGAUUGAGGAGCGGUUGCGCUUGCACGCGGUGGAGACGCCGAGUGUUGUUGAGUUUUAUCGGCAGGGUGGGGUCUUGGCAGGGACCAGGGCGACU